UCUAAAAUAGCCAGCCACAACAGAGUACAGGAUUACAGUUUGGAUAUACAUUUACAUGUAAAAGAACAGAAAUAAUACAGUAAGUCUGCAGGAAUUAAGGAAGAUUCCACAGACAGACAUUUGCACAGCCGCAAAGUGUGGCCUCAGGGAUUUUACUAAUAUAUUGAUAACAAGACAUAAGACCAAAGAUAUGACUGCCCAUAUAAAGGAGUGGUCUAGACUAUGUUUACAGCUGCUUUUUUACCUUUGUGUUCUCACCUGUGUUUUGUUAGUUGAUGGAAACAAACAGAACUUGACCAAACAGCAACCUGUAGCAGUAAAACUUUUAAGAGAAGACGCAGAGCUGUCCAGACACCUUGCUAAUACAUAUGGAUAUGUACAUGCUGUUCAUAUAUUUGGUAAAUUUUACCUGUGGGAUUCAGAUGGAUACAAAUACUCCUCAUGUGCUGAAAUUCGGAAAGAUCCAGAGAUUGUGUGGUGUGAGCAGCAGUCCUAUAAGACCAGAGAGGUCAGGGAAGAGUUAAAUGACCCGGAGUGGCCACAACAAGAGUGGUACCUGGGUUCAGGGUCCAGUAUGCACAUAAGUGAGGCAUGGGGGCAAGGAUACACUGGUCAAGGAGUGACUGUAGUGGUCAACGAUGAUGGGUUGGACAUUGAACAUCCAGAUAUUAAGGAGAAUUAUGAUCCUGAUAUAAGUUGGAACCUUAUUGAUAAUGAUAAAAACAUGAGUCCUCCUGAAGGCAGAAGCCAUGGCACCCACUGUGCAGGAGUAGUGGCAGCAACAGCUAACAAUAGUGUGUGUGGAACAGGAGUGGCAUACAAUGCUAAAAUUGGAGCUAUAAAGUUCUUCAACAAAGCAAAGGAGACCUUUGAUGCCUUAGAAGCAGCCACACUUUACCAGGAGUCCAGGGCCAACUCUGCAGACAUUUACCUCAACAGCUGGGGGGUGAACGAUGAUGGCAAGACCUGGGAUGCCCCAGAGAAUCUAGCUCAGCUGGCUCUACAGGAUGGCAUCAUGGAGGGCAGAGAAGGUAAGGGGCAUAUCUAUGUGUGGGCUGCUGGUAAUGGCGGUGAAGCUGACAACUGCGGAACAGAUGGCUAUGUAGGUAGUAUAUACACCAUACCUAUAGCUGGGGCUCAGAGUGACGGUAGCAUACCGCAAUAUGCUGAGGUCUGUAGUGCAACCAUGGCAACAGCAUAUAGCAGGCAGCUAGGAAGCACACAUAGUAUUGUCACAACUUCAGCAGGGAAUAGUUGCACAGGGAACUUUUCUGGCACCUCUGCUGCUGCAUCUGUUGCUGCUGGUGUGAUUGCUUUAGCACUUGAAGCCAAAACCUGGGCUGCAAUCUUUUUCAGUCCCGGUUUAACAUGGAGAGAUGUGCAGCAUGUUUUAGCCCGAUCUUCCAACCCAGAGGCAGUGUGUAGUGGCGACUGGCAGACCAAUGGAGCUGGAUUCCAUGUGAGCCACAUGUUUGGUUUUGGUUUGCUGGAUGCCACAAAGAUGAUAAGCAUAGCAAAGAUCUGGGAUUCUGCAGCAGUGGGACAACAGCAGAUGUGUACCAGUAAUAUACAGCCAGUUGGAGAGGAUUUUGUCAGUGGAGCCCCACUGACCCUCCAGCGGAAUAUAACAGGUUGUCAUGGUAACCCAGAAGAGGUCAACAGCCUGGAGCAUGUCCAGGUGAGGGUUGCCUUGACAACAGAUGACUUCAGUGGUCUCAGGGUCACCCUGACCUCUCCCCAGGGGACAGUGUCACGAUUGUUGGAAGCAAGACCCAAUGACCACCGGGCAGGCACCUUGAACUGGGUGUUCACUACUGUCCAGUCCUGGGGGGAAGAACCAACAGGGAACUGGACACUGUCCAUUGACAAUACCAGUCCAGGUAAACUGCUGUGGUAUGAACUGAUCCUGUGGGGUACAGCCAAGGACCCACAGCCAGGAGGAGAGAGAGCCUCAGCCAGUGUGUCUCCUUGCUUGAAAGUGCUGGGAAGUAAGCCCAAGGACAAAGGGAAACCAAGUAAUAAAGAUUUCCAGAUAGACUACAAAGUGUGGAUUUUCAUAGGGGUUGUGAUUGCUGGGGCCAUUUUCAUCAUCAUCUUUGUCGUUGUUUACCGCCACUUUAAUAGGAGGGGUGCUCGUGCCAGAAUGAGGAGUCAACUGGAUCGUGAUUGACCUUAAUACCCCAUCACUUCUCAUUUAACAGUACAAGAGUGAAAAUUCUCCCUCCCCAGGUGUGUGCGAGUGACCAUGAAGUGU